GGAUCGGGGCAGGAGCUCGCUCGUGCGGGCUCAGGCUGAAAUUGCCUGGGAGGGAUCCGCAAACCUUCCGGGGGUGCGCCCCGUGCUCCUGGCCGGCCCCGUGCGCCCCCCCAGCGCCUGGGCCGCGUCCCAGCGCACCGGGCCCCGUGGCCUCUGACCUGGGCUCUGCUCCCCUUUGCAGUGGGGGGCUCAGCAACCUGCUGUACAAAUGCAGCCUCCCGGACCACGUCCUGAGCGUGGGCGAUGAGCCUCGGCAGGUGCUGCUGCGCGUCUACGGGGCCAUUCUGCAGGGCAUGGACUCGCUGGUGCUGGAGAGCGUGAUGUUUGCCAUCCUGGCAGAGCGGGCGCUGGGGCCACGGCUCUACGGGGUCUUUCCCCAGGGGCGCCUCGAGCAAUACAUUCCGAGCCGGCGUCUGCGCACGGAGGACCUGCAGGACCCCGACAUCUCCAGGGAGAUAGCGAUGAAGAUGUCCCGCUUCCACGGCAUGGUGAUGCCCUUCAACAAGGAGCCCAAGUGGCUGUUUGGGACCAUGGAACGGUACCUGAAGCAGAUUGCCGAGCUCACCUUCCCCCAGGAAGCCCAGCGGAAGAAGUUCAACCAGCUCAAAGCCUAUAACCUGCAGAAGGAAAUGGGGAGCCUCAGGGAGUUGCUGGAGUCCACGCCGUCCCCUGUGGUCUUCUGCCACAAUGACGUGCAGGAAGGGAACAUCCUGCUGCUGGCUGGGCGGGAGUCACACCCCACUGACAAGCUGAUGCUGAUUGACUUUGAAUACAGCAGCUACAACUACAG